AUGGCUACUAUCCAGCCUCCAAGAAUGCUUCAAAUGCGCAACCUCGACUCUCUAGCUCACUUUCUUGGCAUUCAAACCAUUCACACAACUUACAGAGUCCUUCAUCAACAACAAUAUGCCAAACGAAUUCUGGAACGUGCUGGCAUGCAAAAUUCAAAAUCCGUCUCUACCCCCAUCUCCUGCAAAACCGAUAAUUCAACCAGCUGUAGCACAGAUUUCUCCAACUCUCAACUAUACCAUCACCUGAUCGGAUCACUUCAAUACCUUACUUUAACACGCCAUGUCAUUCAAUUCAUGGUGCAUCAACUAAGCCAACACAUGCACGCUCCUCUCAACAGCAACUUCGACGCACUCAAAAGACUUCUUCGCUACAUUCAAGGUACAACUGAUAAUGGUAUUCCUUUGUACCGAGAUCAUCUAAACCUACAAGGCUUUGUCGACGCCGAUUGGGCCAACAACGCCUAA